CCGUGGAAGACAACUGCAGAGUAGCGAGGACUCGACCGUGGAAUGGGAAAGAUGCGAUUACGAAUCGGUCCACUACCCGAUUGCCUGGAUAAUAUUUUACGGGUUUCUUGUGCUAGUGACAUUUAUGGCUCUGGCGAUCAUAUGUGACGAUUUCUUCGUGCCUUCUCUGGAGGCCAUCUCCGAGAAGCUGGACCUGUCGGAGGAUGUUGCUGGCGCCACCUUCAUGGCGGCAGGGUCGUCAGCUCCGGAGUUGUUCACCUCCGUUGUCGGCGUGUCCGUGAAGAGCGACGUCGGAGUAGGGACCAUAGUUGGGUCGGCCGUGUUUAAUAUCCUCAUCAUCGUGGCCAUGUCCGCCGCACUUAGCGAAAAGACGUUAUUCUUGGACUGGCGACCGAUGCUUCGUGAUGCGCUCUUCUACGCGCUGUCUCUCAUCUGCUUUAUUCUGUUUGCCUGGGACGCCAAGUUCGAGAUCUGGGAGGCGUCCAUCUUGCUCCUACUCUACGCGACGUAUAUACUCAUCAUGAAGUUUAACUCGCGUCUCAUGGGGGCACUGGAUAAGUGCUGUGGCAAGACUGCCGUAUCCCCGCUGACGGCGGCGCCCGCAGUCACCGGUUCGAAACCCGACAUAGGCAUGGCGGACUUGCAUCCGAACGGAGCACCAUCAGCAGCGCCGCCUGUGGCAAUCGAGCAAACUAAUAAAGUACCUGCGCUGGUAAAAGUUUCUCGGUUUUGUAGCAAGCGGGUAAAAUCGGUGCCGGCAGAUUGUCGAGUAAUCGCAGGGAACAUGCUACUGCUGAUCCUCGCGAUUUUUCUUCAGUUUAAAUUCUCUCGCCGCGCGUGUUGUCACGCUCACGCUCACCGCACGUGUUGUAACGGACACUCACGCUCACGGUACGUGUUGUCACGGACACUCGCGCUCACGCCAUCACCGGAAGCACCGCCGGCGGCGGAUGCGGAAACGGAAGCGGCGGAGGAAGAUGUGGAAGCGCAGAUGAAGCCCUGUCCGUGUCUUCCGGCCGUGAACGCCGCGCCGCCGCAGCGUGACGAGGAGACGCACGUGGUGUGGUCGUGGUGCAAGCUGCUGCUCAGCUGGGCGCUCUUCAUCAUGUCCUUCCCGUUCGUCUGCAUGUUCACGUGGACGAUACCCGACUGCUCGAAGGAGCACAACAGAAAAUGGUUCUGGGCAAGCUUUCUCAUGUCUGUGAUCUGGAUUGCCAUGUUGAGCUUCGCGAUGGUGUCGUUCGUGGGCAGAACUGGCUGUCUCCUUGGUAUCGACCCAUACACGAUGGGCCUCGUCGUCAUAGCCGUCGGAACUAGCGUACCGGACUGCAUUAGUUCAGUGCUGGUCGCGCGAGACGGAUACGGGGACAUGGCCGUGUCCAACGCUAUCGGCUCAAACGUAUUCGACAUCAACCUUGGCAUCGGUCUGCCGUUCAUCAUCGGAAUGGCGAUCGACAAAGGACGGCCCAUACACCUUCUCAACAAACAAGAGCAGAGAAUCUAG